UCACUUCGCUCUCCAACAUGGCUGACGAUGAGUGGUAUUAUGGACGUCGACGAGUCCCGGUCACCAGAGGCUGGGGCCCGUGUAAGAGAACUCACUGGGUUCCUACCAAUGAAUAUUAUUCCGGCCGGAAUCCACGACGAGUCCAAGCAUUCUUUAGAGCGGUGGGCAUCGACCCGGAUGCUCAAUUCGAGAGACACAGAAUACCCAUUAUAUACCUCGACGACGACGACCAGGUCCCCAUGCAAUAUGCAGGCUUCAGGGAGCGCGGGCCAGGAGAUCCGAACUGGCGGUACUACCCUGAAGGUGGAGGGAAUGGUGCGCUCCCUGGGCAGAACCCGAUGCCUUACGACGCGAGGAAUCCAAUCAUAGCUGAGGCUCUGCAACAGAGGGAGGAGACGAGGGCACAACAGCAUAGAGACAACAUCAACCAAAUCACCCAGCAGAUCAAUGUGAUCGAUGGUCGAUAUAGGGACCAUAUCAACACGUAUGAGGACAACAUGCGAGGUGGCAUUGUUGACCCUGGAGGACGUCUCGGUGACCUACGUAAUGAGAUCUCGCUGCACGAACGUUUGGAAAGGUUCCGCGAGGACGAUAACAGGAGACAUGCUCGGGUAGUCGAAGAUGAUAUUAUUCGGCAGCAUGAACGGGAUAUGAGGAGAUGCCACCAUCACCAUCAUCACCACCACCACAGAAGGUGCAGUGGAUGGUGAAGCUCGGCUGGAUUUGAUCCUGUAAUCAGGUAGUGUUGAGUUGAGGUUGUUUGAUGAUUAGAAUGACUGAUGAGAAAAUAUCCACGUACCAGACUACACCUUUCGAUAUCUGAUUUCGGAUUUGUUGAAGUCUUCUCGGUGCGGCCGACAGUGACCCUGUCGCUCUUCUCCGUCAG